CGCCGUUAGUCAAUUCCGCACAGUCUGACGGGAACCACGCUCUUACUCCGGCUGCCUUCCGAUUGUAUCCGUGAGAUUGUUUUUUCCGGUAUUGAGAUGAGCGAACCCCAAGAAGGCAGAAAUCAGUUCGCGCGAAAUCUGAUAGAUGUCAUUACCAAAGAUGCCCUGCAGCAGAGCAAAAACCCCCACAUCAAUACGGUUUUCUCACCAGCAUCCGUCCAAAGUUCAUUAACCUUGGCAUUUAUGGGGGCAUCCGGAUCUACGGCAGAGGAGCUAAGGAAUGGGCUUCAGCUAGGACCAGGAGACCGCCAUCACAUAGCCCUAAACUUCGGAGAGUUCUGGCGCACGAGCUGCAACUACGGCGACAGGGGACCCGUGUUGAAGUCCGUGAACAGAUUGUACGUCAACGAUUCCUUGGAACUGCUUACCGAGUUCAACGAGAUCGCCGUGGACUUCUUCCAGUCGAAGGCAGAGGCGACGAGGUUCGCCGAUUCGGAGGGAGCUACGCAGCUGAUCAACGACUGGGUGGAACAGGAGACGGAGCACAAGAUCACCAACCUGCUCCAAUCGGACGCCGUGAACAACGAAACGAGCGCCUUGCUCAUCAACGUCUUGUACUUCAAGGGAAAGUGGCAGAAACCCUUUAUGCCAGAGACCACAUCGAUUGACCAUUUCCACGUGGACCGGGACACUCACGUGGAGGUGAAUAUGAUGUACCAAGAGGACAAGUUCAGGUUCGCCGAACUGCCACAGCUGAAGGCUCGAGCUGUGGAACUGCCCUAUGAGUACUCAAACAUUCACAUGCUAAUCCUGCUGCCCAACGAAGUAAACGGUCUGCAGGAGUUAGAGCAGCAACUCAAGACCUUGGAUCUAGCCGAUAUUGACUCCGCUCUGACCUUGCAAGAUGUCGAGAUCUUUCUGCCCAGGAUGUGCAUAGAGUACGACGUAGACCUCAAGCAGGUACUUAAUCAGCUGGGUAUUACGGAAGUCUUCAGCGAUAAGGCCAAACUAGACGGGCUCUUUACCUCGCGAAGUGGCCAAAAGAUUUCGGCAGCAAGGCACCGCGGCUACAUCGACGUAAAUGAGGCAGGAUCGGAGGCAGCAGCAGUCAGUUUCAUGAAGAUAGUGCCCAUGAUGCUCAACAUGAACAAGAAGCUCUUCAAGGCGGAUCACCCGUUCGUCUUUUACAUACGAAACCCGCAGGCCGUCUUCUUCGCCGGCCGAUUCUCGAACCCCAAGUCUGGAUCUGGACCAGGAGAGGAGGGCUUGUCACGGGAAGGUGCCGAUGCCAGCAUGUACAAUGUCUAAGAACAGUAGUGAGACCGAAUAGAACUCAGCUAUGAAAUCCCACUAGACGUCAUUGGAUUUCAAUCCGAGAGAGCUGUGUGCGCAGUUCUCAGUAACGUAAUGAAGUAUCGCCAGUAGGUACAUAUAUGUCCAGUGCAUAUAUGAGCUCGUCUUGGCAGUCGGCGCUCAGUUUACAGAGAUACUUAUCUCGGGGAAGAGUUCGUUGUAGACGGUCAAAUGUAUUACUUGUGUAAGUGGCGAUCGCUUAUAGCCAGUGAAUUAAAAUACAAAGCAAUAAAUUACCUAUAAUAACUUA